GGCGUUUCUCUCCCUCUCCCUCUCCCUCUCCCUCCUCCAGAGUUCGACGCUUGUUGGGGUUGCCGUGACGUUUCCGAACGGUGUCCUCGCGCAUCAAUGCGCGUGCCCGGAGGCGCCCGAGAGCCGCCGUUCCAGCGCCUGCUUUUGCUUUGGGACAGCUAUGAGAAGACAGUAUAAUGGAAGACUUCAAAUGUAUUGCAGAUGAGACGUUUCCAAGUGUUUUGCACAACUCUGUAACUGGCUGCACCAGUGAUACUUUUGACAAUAUCACAAUUUCAUCAACUCUUGGUAUACCAGUUGCUGCUUCAACUGAAGCCAGACGGAAAACUGGCUCUCAUGAUGGACAAUAUGAUGAAGCGUCUUACAUGGACAAUAGAUUCCCUGCUCCAUUAGCAUCUUCCUGUAGUGGUGAAUCUGAUUCUGAUCCAAGAAAGAAUCUUAUACUUAACCUUCAGGAUACUGUGGAAUGCUGUAAUAAAGAUGCAGACAAUCACUUGGAGUCAAGCCAGAAAGAAUCGAAUGUUUUGCAGCAAAAACACGAGCAUUUUUCUAAUGAAUAUUCUGGUAACCAGUGGCAUUCUUUGCAUAAGAGGCUUUCACUUCAACACUUGGAAGAUUUGACAGCUAGAAUAUUUGCUUCAUUUGAAAAAGACAAUGAAGACUACAAGGCUGUUUCAUUAGAACAUGGUCAGAAGAGGAUAACAAAAGAAAUAGACAACAACACUAUGAUCGGCUUUUCCAGAUUUAUAGAAAAUGAACAACCACUGAGCUUUGCAAGCUUAGAAGGACAUUCUGCAGAAUAUGAAAUUGGAGACGAAGAGUUCUGUGAUGGCCAACUGGAGACCUAUUUUGAGCAGCUGGUACUACCAGAAAUGCAGAUGGAAGAUGUUGAAGAACAUGAAUUUGGAGAACAUGUUAACGCCAUGGAACUUCCUUCAAAUAGGAAAACCGAAAAGUUCCAGAUACCUAACGUUUGCCAGGCAGCAAGAUCUGAUUCUCCUGUUGCUAGCGACGAAGAACUGUAUGAUUUUAAGGAAGCUGGGCACAACGAAAAAGAAGAGCAAUUUAUGCAGCCCAUGACAAUAAGGCAAGAGGUGGAAUGCAGUAAACGUAGUCUAAACUCCGGACACAAUGAUAGUUCUGAAAAGUUUCCUGCUGAAAUGGUAGUUUACACAUCUGAAGUAUGCAGUAGAACAACAGAUUAUCAACACACUUCUUCAGAGGCCCUAGGUUGUCAUGACUGUAGUAAGGAAGAUGGAAUAUCUGUAAAGACGAAUACAGUCAGCAGCUGCAGAAACGAUGCCACAAACGUAACCAACUGUGAACUAAAGCUAGAUUCUCUCUACUUUAAAUGCCUUGCUGACAGUAAUGCUGCUUCUGAGAUAUGGCACACAGAACAGCAAACUCAAUUUCCUGAUCCGUCACAGCUUGCUAAUGAAAAUUAUGUUCCUCUGGCUGACACAUACCUGUCUCCAAGUGCUUACAAAGGUUCAGAGCAAUAUGAAUGUACAGCAAAAGAGGACCCGCCACAUGAUGUUGUGUAUCAAAAUGAAGAUGGUAGAUGGGUGACAGAUCUUGCUUACUACACGUCAUUUAAUAAAGAACAAGUAUCCAAUUUCUCAAACUUAAGUGGAGACUUCGUAGCUGGAUCUGAAGCAAUUGCUGUGAUUGCCCAAGAUCAAGAAGAAUUUGAAAGGGAACACAGAUUUAUGCAGGAAGAGAAAAUGGAACUGCACAAUACCUCUGGAUUACAGGACUCUUCAUGGAAAUGUGUUAAUAACGGCAACCCACUAAGAGGAUCAGAAACCCAUUUUAGCAAAGAUGCUAGUUACCUACGGCUCUCUCUAGGAGAGUUCUUUGGUCAGAGGUCUGAGGCUCUUGGUUGCCUCGGAGGAGGAGGUGAUGUGAAAAGGCCAUCUUUUGGUUAUCUCAUUACUUCACCGGAAAAGAGACAACCUCUUCCUUUGUGGAGGCAAUCUGAUGUAUCUAGAACAAACUCUGAUGAACUGAAUUCUCAGACUUCUACUCUUCAAGGGAAUGUAGAAGAAAGCAUUAAAGAUGACUCCCACAUUGCAUCUGCUACAUUUACCCUUUGUGAAGUGAGUGCAAAAGACAGAGAGAGUGGAAGGGAGAAAUAUGAAGAUAGAAAAGUUGAAUGUAAGCAGCAUGAGCCAUCUAUAUUAAGUAUAAGCACAAUUGCAUCUGCUAUUGCAAAUGCUUCUGUUAGUACUGAUCCAUCACAACUCGCUGCUUUGAUGACGAAAGCCUCAAAUAAAAAUAGAGAAGUAACUAGCAUCCCUGGAGGUAUCAAACCCACAGACUUUUCUGCCGCAAGUCAGUCAUAUGUCAACAAUGUAGAAAAUAGCACAUUUGACAUAGAGAAAUAUCUCAGAAAAACUGAUGAAGUUGAGAAUGACUGUGAACCUGAAAGCAUAAUUAAAGAUGAAGCAACUGCCAGGGACUUUCAUACAGUUUUGUACAAACAGGAAUCUGAAAUGCUUUCUCCAAGAGAGUUGUCCAAAAGUAAUUUGUCUAUCAGGCAUGGAGAAGAGAAGCAUAAUCUAAGCAUAAUACAUGAGGAAAACAGUUACAGAGACUCAUCUUGUAAAACAAGUUUUGAGAAAAAGGAAAUGGAAUGUUUAAAAGCAGCAUCUAACAUAGGUGAAGACUUUCUUCCAAAAAACCUGACUUCUGCUGUACCAGAUUCAGAAGAGAGACCAUCAGAAACUAACACCAUAUCUUUGGAGGAUAGUGGAAAAGCACUUCCUAUUUACUCUGAAUCAGAAGGAAGAACCAGCAACAACACUCUGCCCCUCAGUUUAAAAUCUGUUCCAAUAUUGCUUUCCCCUCUUCCUGUACACCCUAAUAAGGAAAAAAUUAUAUCCAAUAUUAAAUACCAAGAAAAACAAGAUGAGAAGAUAAUGGAAGAUAAUGCUGCAUGCAACAACGAAAAACACAUAGCUUUUGAAAACAUAUCUUCUGAUAACCAGAAAGUUGUUGGUAAUGCGGUUGUAGUAACAGAACAGGCACCUGCAACUCCUAUGCCUUGUAUACAGAUUUCAGAUGAUGAACAAUAUAGUUUCAGACCUUCAACGUCUCCACUUAUUCAUUCAUCUCCAAAUGAAGCUUCUGGAACUGCUCUUUUAGGAGCUGAUGCUGACUGUCCUGAUACGACAUCAAAUUCUAAGGAAUCAUCUUGUAAUGAUAGCUUACCUCAGGUGCUGUGUACUGAUCAUAGCUUGGGACGAUUGACCUUUGUCUCUGCCACUGAAAAAACCCUUCAGAAUCUAACUCUGUCUAGUCCAGAGAGAUGUCAGAAUAAUCGUGCCAGUGGCUGGGGCACAACAAUAGUUUGGACCAGCCCAACUUCAGCAUUGGAAGAAGAAACUAAAAAAAACAUUGAUUUGCAAUAUAACAAACAUCCAUCACUAAGCAGUGCAAAAACUAGUGCAAGAAACCAUAAUAAGAAACUAGAAAUAAACAAAUCUGCAGAUGCUUCCAGCCUACCAGAGCACCAGAAAUCAACUAGAGAGCAACCAUCAAAGAGCAAAGAUCACUCUGCACAGAAAUGUUCAAAUAAUAAUGAACUGGGAAAUGUUGAAGUACCAGUAACAGAGCAUGGGUGUAACACCACAGCACAUGGACCAGGCCUAUACUCUCAAAAAGAUGUGCCUGCUCAUGACAGUUUAGGUGACUGUAUUUCAUUAAGUCAAAAUAGAGCAAACUUUAAAUCACAUGUCCCUGUUUCAGAAAUUCCAGCCAUAUCUUCUCAAGUUCCAACACUGCUAACAGGGUGUUCCCUUAGAACAACACCAUUUGCCCAACAAUAUCUGAGAAGCUUGCCAUCUCAAACAAAUAUGGCUUUGCCUCAGUAUCAAGUUGGAUGUCCUCCAGUUUUUGGUGUUCCACCAGGACUGAUUUAUUCUACCAUCCCUGUGGGUCAUGUUCCAAGCUCACUGACUGCUGGAAUGACACCAGGUUCAGAAGUUGGAUCUGGAAUGUUGGGUGCAGCUCCACAGUGCAACUUCAUUUCCAGCCAGAAUGUCUUUAGUAGCACUCCACAUACAGUGCAAGUAGCUGAUGCUGGUGGACCUAGACAGCUGGAGGAAUCUGUGCCAUUUGGACUUGAACGUGUAAAAGUCCCAGAAGAAUUAACAUUCCCUAAUGCUUGUUGUGUGGGGCUGACAUCACACACAGUCCUUAGUAUUCUUAACCCAUCUGAACGGUGGCUACAGGUCAGCAUCAGCCUCCUUAGUAUUAUGCUUGAUGGCGAAAAGAUGGACCCUCUGAAGCACAGGUGCUUCCUGUUUAAAAACAAAACUGUCAUAGGACCUCGUACUGCCGAAGAUCUAAAAAUGCUGUUUCUACCCUGUCAAGCAGGAGUCUUUCAGUGUGUACUUAGUAUUGCCUCUUGGCCAUUUACUGCAGAUGCAGAUACAAUAGUCCAGGCACAGGCCGUAGCAGCUAGAGUGAUUGUGAAUGCAGUUGCUGAGAUUCCCGAUAUUGAGGUGGAAGCAGGAACGACAAACCACCUUGACUUUGGUGAUAUGCCAUCUGGCAGCUGGAAAGCUCUUCCACUAAAACUAACAAACAAGACAUGUGCUAGAGUGCCAGUCAGACUUGUUAUUUAUGCAAAUGCUGUAGCAUGGCGGUGUUUCACAUUUUCUAAGGAACCAGUUAACACUUCUGUUAGUUUGCUCCCUGUUUGCGACAUUUCCCAGCGAGCAGCUCCGUCAGUGAUAUCCCAUGUAAUGAAUGCAAGAAGUGAUGGGCAAGAUCCUGAUGUUCUAGUAGUGUGGGUUCAGUUCCAUGCACCGAGCAAAUGCAUCACUUCAGAUUCUUUGGGCCCUGCGGAUGAGUAUUUUGCAAGAAUUGAUGUGGAGGUUGAUUGUCCAGAGCCUGCUAAAAUUUUAAGUAUACCUCUGCAUGCAAGAUCUGGAACGCCUAGGAUAUAUGCUCCAAAAGGCCUACAGACUUUAUAUAUGUCUGCGAGGAUGGGAUUAUCAACAAGGCAGCAGUUGCCAUUAAAGAACGCUGGGAAUAUUAAAAUUGACUUGAAAAUCCUGGCACUAGAGCCAGAUAGCGGCAUUUCUGUCAAUCCAGAGGACCUGGUUCUUAUACCUGGGGAAGAACAAGAAGUGACAGUUAUGUUUUCUCCAAAGGACUAUAGAAAUGCUGAAAGUGUUUUAAAAAUCUUGGUACUGCCAUCUGGGCCAGAAUAUAAAGUGACUGUAAAAGGUGAAGUGACUGCGGUGGAGAGCAAGCCUUUGGUACAGAAAUACCCCAGUUCAGAAGUUCCCCCCAUCCUAGCUAACAAGCAGUUUCUGACAUGGGGAGGUAUACAGCUUGGCAGAACAGUCCAGCAGAAACUAAUCCUGAGAAAUAACUCUCCAUCUAUUACUCAGCAGUUAAGAUUGCUGAUAAGGGGUCAAGAUCAGGACUGUUUUCAAUUGAAACUUGGAGAACAUGUGUACAAUAAUUGUGAAAUCAAGAUCCGUCCAAAACAUGAUUAUACUGUCUGUCUAAUGUUUACACCAACUCGAUUAACUUGUAUGUAUGCAAAGCUUGAAAUGAAACAGCUUGGUCUUCUAUCUCAACUAGGAAUCAAGUUCACUAUACCAUUGUAUGGAUAUGGAGGAAAUAGCAAUCUGAGAUUAGAAGAUGUUAAAAAACACUGUAAUAGAUACAUAGUGGGGCUGAAUGGUAAAACAAGACAGGCUUCUUUUUCUGUACAAAAUAUAGGGAGUCGGGCUGCGUAUGUGAAAGUACUGUGCUUUAAGAACUCGAGUGAAAUAAUUGUUAUGGAUCCAAAUGUGAUGAGAGUUUCACCAGAAAAGUUUGUUCUUCAGGAAAGUUCACAGCAGAAAGUUACAGUAACAUUUAAUUCAACUGAAGAUCAAAGUAAUUCAUCAGUGUUGUCUACAAUUUGUUUUGUCUAUGGAGAUGAAAUUUUAAGACAGCAGUAUCGCAGAGCUGUACAGCAAAAUCCAGAGCAAGUGCAAAAAAUGCUUCCUGCUAAUAAUCCUGUGAUAAAUGUAAAGUUUGAUGAAGAAUUCCCUGGGGAAGAACUGGUGACUGAAGUAUAUGAUCUUCCACAACAUUCGUUUGAUGUCCAGUACUUUUUCAUGAACAUGCGAAGGAUUAUUGUUUCGGCGGUUAAUGCCUUCACUAGUUCUGCUUUCGAUAUCAAGCCAUCUUCAGCGCAUCGUGCAGCACUAGAAAGACCUGGUGUUCCUGAGAAAUCCAAUAUGACUUUGGAUGUACUACCUGUUAAAGGACCUCAUGGAUGUGCAUUGUCGUCAAAUGCUAAUAGCAUUGAUGAAAAUAAGCUUGUUUCUAAGGAAAACUGGACUCUUCAGCCUGAAUUUCUAAUUCUUACUGCUCCUUCUCAAAGUGGAGCUGCGAUUACUAAACAUGCACAAAUAAGUAACAACUCAAACAGGUCAUUGACAUUUGAGCUGUCGUGGCCUGCUCACUGUCUGACAGUAACACCUCAGCAUGGAACUAUUGAACCAGGAAGCAACAUUUCAAUUUAUGUGAGUCCAAAUCCAUCACUCGCAGAAAAGAAAUCCCUCUUUCCAUGGAGUGGCCUUAUUUAUGUACAUUGUGAUAAUGGACAAAAACUUGUUAGAGUCCAGAUUCGGGAAAAUAUCUCUGAGAAGCAACCUGAAACGGUUUCACCAGUUGCCAAAGUAGGUGUUCAUCAUCAACAGCCUGAACUUCCUGUUAUGCACAUAAGGCCACUUCAAAAUCCAUCUUCAACAAAACUUGAAGUAAAGAAUCGGACUGUGUUUUUUCCUGAAACAAAGUCUGGGGAAAGCUCAGAAAAGUACCUAGAGAUUGAAAAUAAUGGAGAUGGAAAUGUGAAGUGGCUAUUGUCAUCUUUUGCACCACCUUAUAUCAAGGGCUUAGAUGACAGUGGAGAGGUUUACAGGGCCACAUAUACUGCUUUUCGAUGUUCAUUGCUUUCUGGUAUUCUUAAAGCUCAUGGGGAAGAAAAGGUUGUAGUCACCUUUUUACCUAGAGACAGAGGACACUAUUCUCAGUUCUGGGAUCUUGAGUGUCAUCCACUUCAUGAAUCUCACUUGAAAGACAAACACAGACUUCAGUUUUGUGGAAUGUGUAUCUUAGGAAAUGAAGAUUUUAAAAAGGAAGAUUCCACAGCUGCUUUAGUAAAAGUCAGCGUUCGAGAUGUGACCCUAAGAAGAGAUUACCCUAAUAGCUCUGAACACAAAAUGUGGAAGGGGGUACAUGCCCAGGAAGACAUUUAUAAAUUUCCUCCAACUAGAAUUGGUGAAUCCAGUACACUGAAAAUUACUGUGAGGAAUUAUUCUUCCUUUUCAAACAAGCUGAAGUUCAGAUGUCCCAGAGAGCCUUUUUACAUCAGACAUUCCCAUUAUACUUUGAGAUGUCACCACUACUGCAACUUACCAGUACAGUUCAAGCCAGUAUCAGCAGGCACUUUCAAAGGCUUAUUGAUGGUAGAGACAGACAAAAGUGGCACUCUUACCAUUCAGCUCAUUGGUGUGGGUUUGGCAGAAUAGUAGUUUAAAGAGCUACUGUUUUCAGUAUGUGAUGAAUUCACAACUAAAUUAUUGAAUGACAGGUUCUUUUUUGUUGUUGUACACAGACUAUUUUGUAGGAAAUGGAGGUGCUUGUAAUUUUAAAUAAAGUAAUUUUGUAUGUUAUCAUGCAGCUUACACUACUGCA